GAAGUUCUCUGUGUACUUGCUACACAUCAGUCAGGACGAGAAGGAAGGAAAUCGCUUCGGCGUAUCCGCGGCGCGCGUACGAAAAUGUUUCUCGCCUUGAAAUCAUGUUGCGGCGAAAUUUAGUGUACAAUUUUAAUAUAACUCCCGGACGCCGCCAUUAUGUUUUUUCGAAGCAUUUUUUCCUUUAUUCAUAUUACAAGAUAACCGUGUAUUGUCCUCAUAAAAAUUAAAUAAUCGUAGACAGUUGAAUGUAUUCCGGAUGACUUAUUGAUUUUUUCGGUUUUUUCUCCGCGGAUACGCUCGGGAAGUGGUACACGUUCACGUUUUUCCGGGGUCCUAUUACACGGCGUGUAUGAAAUCCUGAAAUUCCUUUUUUCGGCCGAUGUGAUUCAUAAGUUUUUGCGUAGAGUGCAUGAGAGGUUGCAUCGUACGUACCAUAGUGGAUCCUGUAGUAAUAUCGUUCGCGUGUAGUAACGGGAUAGUAAGUCGGUGAAAUCGAGGACGAGAUCAAUGAAGAGUAUAAGAUGGGAGAUACUGCAAGCUUAGUUUUUAAAUAACGUCUUGCCUUAACUUUGACGAGGAGGAAAGCAUGUUCGACGCGUCCGAAAAGGGCUCGACAUAAUGAAGUAAUUCCAGUGUACUGUUGCCUCUCUAAAAAGUAUAAGUUUAAAAUUAAUUAGGCAAUUCGUUAUAUUGCUACAGUCGAAAGAAGCGCCAAUUUUGUAGGAGCAACUGCCGCAAUCAGCCUACGAAGGGCGAGGUGCGGGGAAGUCCUAUUUUAAUCCUAUUAAUCGAUGGUUUGGCGCGAUAACUGAUAUUAUUCCAAAUUUAGUAACAAAUCCAGAGCGAAAUUUCUGAAGAGGACGUGAAGAAGUGCACUAACAUGACCAAAUGUCGAACCUUAUUGUUGUCGGUGAAAGGGGAAUAACCGCCCCGGUGGAUAUGCAAAGUGUGACAGUACGCGGAAUUAUUAGUACGCCGCCUUCGCAUUCAUCACUACUAUCAUAGUUUUACCGAAGAAUAUUUUCUCCUGACUGUGAUGCGGUUGCUAGAAUCGACGAGUAUCUAUAAUAUCGUACACGUGGAAAACUAGUAUAAAAUUAUCGGCCGUUUCUGUCGCCUUCGCCGUCGUUGCCGUAGAAUUUAGUAAUAGGAGAAAACUAUUAAAUUUCGCUGUACUUUCUCGAGAUAUUUUACUAUCGACAUUCUCUCUGCAGGAUUAAUAAUAUAAACAAUUGACGGUAUGGUGAAAAUGGAGUCAACGGAAGAACAGGAUAGGAAAAUUGUUUUAGAAUUUUGCCACUUGUUGGAAAAAUCUAAGCAACUAUUCAAUGGAUUAAGUGGUAUAUUUUGUAAUUCUAGGGACCUACCACAAUAUGGUCACCGACAGUGGCAAGCAUAUUUUGGUCGAACAUUCGAUGUUUAUACGAAAUUAUGGAAAUUUCAACAACAACAUCGAUUAGUACUCGAUUCAAAAUAUGGAUUGAAACGAUGGCAAAUUGGAGAGAUAGCUAGCAAAAUUGGUCAACUGUAUUAUCAUUAUUACCUUAGAACAAGUGAAACUAAUUAUUUAAAUGAAGCGUAUCAAUUUUAUGCCGCAAUUCGUGGUCGAGCUUAUUAUUCACGUGCUAUAAAGGAGGAUCGACCCGAUCUGAUGGUUAAGAAAUUGAGAUAUUAUGCACGAUUUAUAGUGGUGUGUCUGCUUUUGAAAAAGAUGAAAUUAGUUCGAGAACUGGUAGCGGAGUUAGAGAAACAAAUACAGGAAUAUACAACAACAUAUGAACCUGAAGAUCAUUUAGAAUGGUCACUAGUAUUAGACGAAAUUAAAGGAUUUAUUAAGGCUGAAGCAGCUGUUGCGGUUCUGCAUGCGGACUCGAAUCCCAUUGUACUUUCACACAGUGGUUCCGGUUCCAGGCUAUCGCCGCUGACGACGCCGCCGUGUGAGCGGUCACCUCAUAUGACACUGAGUUUGCAAGAGAUUCUCAUCGUGGGAUCAGCGUGUGAACAAGCGAAAUUUUCAGAGUUAACAAUGGAUAUGUUCAGGAUGUUACAAACUCUGGAACGUGAACCAACUGAAACGGCACACCCACAUCAUGCAGGACAUGAUGCAAGUCCUGCAGCAAGUCGGAUGCCACCCUAUGGUGUACCGGGUUCAAAGGGUUAUAUGGAAAAUGGUGAUCGACGGCAUUAUCGCGACAAUCCUCACAAAUAUCUCUUGUAUAAGCCUUCAAUUAGUCAACUUCUCGUGUUCUUAGCUAGUGGAUUUAAAGAAUUACCACCAGGCGGUGCAUUAUUACUAUAUAUUUCAGCGGAUGGGUGUUUUUCGACAACAAAACAUCCAGAAGAUUAUGGUUAUGAACUGGGAGGUCUGGCAACCAGUGUUAAACGUGAUGGUAUGGACAGCGGAGUAGCAUGUAGGGGGAAAUCAUACAAGGAACCACAUUGUUUAUACCCGGGUGAUCUAUAUCCAUUUACAAGGCGUCCGCUAUUCAUCAUCAUCGACUCAGAUAAUUCAUUCGUUUUUCAACACAUCCCACGUUAUUUCGGGCAACCACUUGUUGUACUCAUGUCACCUCAAGACGUGCCAUCAGCCUUUCAAAUCGAUGUACAGCAUCACGGUUCGUUAUUUACUCUGUUCCUACACUCGCCAUUAACAGCUCUUUGUUAUGUUUGCAAUGUGGGUGAUGUACCAAUUCAUCAUUGGGAGCGAUGUCAAAGUUAUGUGGAUCGUUUUGUUACGGAGGCUUCGAGGCUUGUGACGAGAUGUCGUAUUGAUGAAAUCGAACAAGGAAUUGGAUUUAUAGAUCCAUCGUAUGUCCAAUUCUUCGGUGAUGAUUUCCUACGUACUCUUAUCUUACGAUUUGUAUUCUGUGAUGUCGUCCUUCGAUUGCAUCGAGCUUUUCGUGGACGUCAUAUGCGUCCACGCUGUGAACCUCCACUACCAGUUAACGAACUAUUGGAACAUCCAUCGUUAUCACACAUUAUACUGCAAUUGGCAAAUGCAUUAGAUGUACGAGGGCAUUUCUCUGAGGGACCCGAAGGCGAUUGAUGGCCGCAUUUAGAAAUUAGUCGUAAUACAAGAAUAAUAACAGCAGCAACAACAACAAUGUUUCUAAUUUCAUACAUUUUCAAUAAGCUUUAUAUUUAUAAUUACUAUUACAUUUGUAUAGUUAUUCUAAUUCAAUUGCUAUUUGUGAUUUUCAAUAAUUUGAGAACAAAAAGAGUAAUGCUGGUAAUGAUCACGAAUACAAGUAAGACCAUUUGUAUCACAUAAUAACUGAUGGAGUGAGAUGGUAUGCAAUGAGAUAUUUCAAAGAACAGAUGCCGGAUUUUUUUUAAGGAAAGAGUUUUGUAAAGCAGUAUUUAUGUAAUCUCCAUAUAUUUACUCAUAGCAGACUCCAUUAUGGUAAGCUUUUAUUUAAAUUACGCGCGAUUGGAUCAAUCGUCUUCUACACUUGAACUAAAAACAAAGAAAAUUAAUUUGUUAUCUAUGGAUCCAUUUGCAUACAUUCUUAUUAAUUCAUCGGAAGAUGGUAUCAUAUUGAAUCACUUAUGAAUAAGCAACGAGAAAGAAAUAACAAAUCAAAUAAUAAUUUGAAACAAUGGAAGCGGUAGAGUCAUAUUUCAUUUAAUCAUACAAAUAUGAACCCAUUUAUGCUCAACUGCAAACCGAAAGCUUUAAGAGAAAUGUAAUUGAAUGAAUGUCCUGUAAAUAAUGUAUGCCAAUAGUGGUUUAAAAUAUGGUAUGGCAGCAAAAUAAGGGGAAGAAACUAGAACAGAGCAAGUGGAAAAGUAAUAAAAACUGUUUUUGUAAAAUCACUUUACUCAGCAAAUCGAAGGAAGGAUCAAAUUGUUGUAGAUUGCGAAUCUAAAAUAAAUGUAAAAUAAUAUUUUUAUCAUUUACAAUCAUAUCCUGUAUAUAAAUACUUUGUAAAUACUCUACAAACUUAUCUAUCAUUAAAUGUCAAUAUUUAAUUUGAAGACGAUUGAGACCAAGGAUUUGACUUUUUACUCAUCUGGCUUUAUCAAAAUUUUGCGAUGUGUUCAUUUUUACUUCUGUUCAAGUGAAGGCAGGAAGCCAGUGUUGUGAACAAAUGGACUUUCCAAAGCUAGUAAAGCAUGAAAAACAGAAUCAUCACAUUCUAAACUACAUUUGCACAUAUUCAGCAAUGAUUGACUGAAGUAGAUACUCAACAUAAACAUGAACGUUUUCUACGUGUGAAAAUAGAAAAAGUGAAAAAUAGCAAAAAACACAUACAAUAACCCGAAAAACAUUUAAAUAACCGAAAAUUAUGAAAGGAUGAAGGAGUGAAAUGAAUGCGAUUUCAUGUGAGAGAUUUUUUUAUAGGAAAAAUGUUAUAAAACCAUAUUUAGCUACUUUCACUCUUUGUUAAUAUCUACCCUGAGUUCCAGGUUUGAUGUUGUCUGAUGCAUACUGCAGUACAUUUAAAACAUUAAAAUAAAACCAAAUAAUCAUUGAAUGGGAUAUUUGUUGUAAACACUGCAGAUAAUAUAUUCUUCAUAUUUUUCAAUAAAUUACGUGUAAAAAGAAAUAACAACAAAGUAGGUUAUGACGCUUAACAAUUCAAUUACCUUUGCGUAAAUGACCACUUAACCACUUAUGGGAUUAGGGCAAAACAUUUCAUACUCUAUUGCUAAGUGAAAUUCUGAAAAGCGUUCUUUUAUUCAAAUUCAUUGUAUAAUUUUUUUUUAUUAGCAUCGGAUUCACUUUAUUUAUCCUACAACUGUGUUUAUAUGGAAUGCUUGAGCUUAUACUUCUGAAAUGGUUUGUAAGCGCAAAAUAAAAUAAAACUGAGUGAACUUCAAAUUAAUGACCCGGUUCUGGUAAGAAUAGUUGCUAAUGGGGAGAAUUGAGGACAGUUUAAAAAUAAAAUUUUCAUUUAUUAUUUACCCCUUUCAGAAGUGGGGUUGGCUCGUCUUGAUCGGCUCCGCUACUUUGUUCUAGUCGAAAGCCUGAACUGGAUGCAGUCGCGAGGAUUUCAAAUCACCAUCCAGCCUAUCAAGCCAUCAUUGUUUCGGUCGGCCGUUUGGUCGUUUCCUAUCGACUUCGAUGUUUAGACCAAUCUUG